AUGGCCCGGCGCGACAUGUCUGCCGUUGUGGCCGCACAGCCCGAGCGCGCCGCGUUCGGCACCCGCCGCGGCGUCGAGGUGGAUGCCGCGGAGCGCAGCGUCGAGGCGUGCCACCGCAGAGGUGCCGUCGAGGCCGACGCCGCCGAGGCCGACGCCUGCGAGGGUACCGCCGAGGGCACCUCCGAGGCCGACGUCGCCGAGGGCACCGCCGAGGGCAUUGCCGAGGGCACCGCCGCCGAGGGCACCGCCGAGGGCACCGCCGAAGCAGACGCCGCCGAGGCCGACGCCGCCGAGGGCACCGCCGAGGGAACGCUGUCCCUCGAGGUGAAGCCGUUCGGCAAGGCCGGGGUGCGCCUGUGCUGGUCCUGCACGCCUGGGCUGUCUGGGCUGCGCGGCAGCGUCCUGGCCGAGCUGCGCUCCGGGCCAGGGUGGCUGCUCUCAUCGUCGUGCGGGAGGGCCCGCCCGGGCAGUCCGUGCGGCCGGAUGCCGGGCUGUGGCGCGUGCGGUGCGGCCCGGUGGCGUCUCCGGAGCGCGCCGUGGGCAGGGUGGCGCGGGGCGCCCGGGCCCCGCGGCUCGCCGGGCGCUCGCGAGAGCAGGUCCUCCAGGCUGGCGAGGAGGAGCUCGUGUACAACAUUCUCCAGUGGUACGGAGCUCGAAGAACUGACAACGGCACAAGCAUCAUUUCUCGGAGGUCCUCGCGCAUUUCUUGGCUCGGCGUUGGCCUCCCUGGCGCCGCCUCCAGCGCCUCUCCUGGCGCGCUCUGCGCGCCAGGGAGGGGGUCCAGGGCCGAUCCACGAGAUCUGCGCGGACCUCCACACACUCUAUGGUUACCCCCUUUCUGUUCCUCUAGGAACGGUCGUCAUCGAUAUGCGGCCAGGGGACGAGCCGCGCCUGACCGAAAGCCUCAUCUGCCCAGAUGCCGCUUCUCUGGCGGGGCUGCCUUUUCGAGACGACGCUGUCGUCGUGGGCGAUCUGCCUCCGGCCUCCAUGGACGUGCUGCGCGGUCGUGUAAGCCGCUGUGUGUACAAGGUGCGGGCGGAGAUGGUGCGGGCCUUGCUGGCUGAGUUUCCGCUUGUGGGAGGACAGCCUUCGGAGAAGAGAGCAGUGCUGCCCAACAUUGUUGGAGCCCGCUUGGCUGUCGGGCACCAGGGCCACGCAUCGAUCCUCAGAGAAUGGUCGGAUGCACUGGGUAUCGUUGGCGUCCUGAACUUGGCACCCAACAAAGUGGCGAGCGACUUCAGUGCAAUAGAGGACCGCGCAAGGUAUAUUGAGCUAUUCCAUGAUGAUGGGCUGCCUCUCACAGACACUGUAGGUGACGGACAUCGACUGUCAGAUGUGUUGCCGCGUAUUCUGAAUUCUAUCGAGUCUGCCCUGCAAGCCUACCCCUCGGGUCGUGUAUUCGUCCACUGUCAACAAGGUCGAUCCCGAGCAGGGUCUGUCGCGGUAGCUUACAUGUUGGUCAGCAGUCCAGGGUGGAGAUUGUUUGAUGCAGUUUCCUUUGUAGCUGCGCGCCGUCCCGAGCUGGAGAUCAACGCCAGUUACGCCGAGGUUCUCGAGGAGUUUGCACUGUCCUUGGGACGCCAGCCAUCGCUGCCGUACGCGAUGACUGAGUUGCCAUUGCAUUUCCGCGGAGGUGGUGUCGCGCGCGAUUUCAGAGAUAAGUGUUUUGAUGCAUCGAGCCAUCAAGGUUCGGUGAGGUGA